ACCGGCUGCUGGAAAUGAAAUAAAAAUUUAUUUAAAAUAUUAAAUAAAUAAUAUUGAGAUCUUCUCGUGAUAAAAUGAGACACGAGUAAACAUUAAACCAAACAUUACCAGUAACAGUUGUCGAUGCUGUUGCUAAUACGUGAAAGUCUAUCUACAUGAAGUGUUUGCAAGUAAGACCGCUACUCCAGUCUCUUACUGUCUACUUGUUAUUCUGAGGUAGGCCGCGGCAGCGACAGUCCCCGUUUACCUGGCAAGUGUUAUAUUAGCGGGAGAAAUUCCCCGUCGUUUCGUCAAGUCGCCGGGCAAUCAGAGUCCUCGUCUGUUCGGGCUCCUGAGCAGUCCUCCUUGAUAUUACGUGAGUGACACUGAGGAUGACGUGCAAUACAAUCAGCAUCAGUGAUUUAAUCAUAUAAUAUAAGAUAUUAAAUAAAAUUAAAUUAAUAAAAACACUUACUUUUACGUACACCUGCAACGGAGAUUUAUCAUUAAUCUAUUUCCUUUUAAUGGACGUGGGAUAACGGUUAAAAAGCUUAAAAGACCGUUGUCAGAUUCCAUUGUCUUUUUGCUAAUUAAGUGACAAAUUAUCUACAAGAACAACAAUGCUUUUAUUUUUGCUGUGUUGAUAUAAAUGUGUGCCCACUUGUCUCUUUCACAUAACAGACAGAUUACGCUAAAAUAAUUCUAAACUGUUAAUUGCGUCUGUAAUCUAAAAUGGUUAAUUAUAUACGAUGUUUAAGUUGAAUUAAAAGUGUAAUAGUUAAAAGUGCACAAGUUGAGUUAUUUAUUAAUUGUUGUAAUUAUAAUUUAAUUUAAUAAAAUAAUGACUGUUUCAAUGGAGCAUAAAAGAAAGACUUCAUGGGAUUCAAAGAUUUCAGUGAGCACCGUCAGCACGCGAAGGUUCAGCCGAGCAGGAACGCCGUCUUCCAUCCUGUCUUCAGACAGUGACAUAAGAUUCACCAGGAAGCUCGGGGGCCAGUACCGAUGCGGAUGCUGCGUCCUUGCUGCUUUCCUCCUGUUUUUACUUUUUUCUGGAGUCUCGAUCUACCUCGGGUAUCAUCUCCUGACGUCAGAUCCUCCGGGGGACCAGGUAUUCCUGGCGUCCUUCCGCGUAGUAGACGGUGACUCCUUCACGAUAGAACUCGCUGACCCAUCGACUGAGGCCUUCCGGAUCAGAGCUAGGGAGUAUCGUGAUAGAAUUAAUCUUGCUUUCCGUAGGAGCAAUCUCAGAGUUUCCUUCAUCGCUUCUGAAGUUCUUGCGCUCGAUGGAGUGGAAAACAGUGACCUGGUGGUACACUUAGAAUUACGCUUCGACCCGCGUUACCAGACGCUAAAAGUUCCAGACAUAGUUCAGGUUUUGUCCAAAGAGAUAAAUUCUACAACAGCCCGGUACUUGGUGAAUUUAACCAUCGACCCGAAGAGUUUAGAAGUCCAAGAAAACCUCGCGGCUCUCAAUGCCCAAGUGGCUAUGUCAACGACUGUCACAACUCCUAUGACAACGACGGCAACCCCACCACCCAGGAGUUGCAGUCCUUUGGAACUCACUUACUGCAAGCAUCUUUCAUACAACAUCACUUCUUAUCCGAAUAUCUUCGGGCACCAAUCUCUUGCCGAAGUGGAAGAAGACGUGAUUGCCUUUAGGGAACUCGUUGACGCCGAGUGCUACAGACUGGCUUACGAUUUUGUGUGUCAAGUAUUGCAGCCAGCGUGUGUGGAAGGAACACUCGAGGCGACUAUUAAACUUCCCUGUCGAAGUUUUUGCCGGGAAUUUUGGUCUGGAUGUGGUAAUCGAUUGCCAGAUAGGAUCAAGAACGCUCUAGAUUGCUCAAACUUCCCGGAAUACGCGGAUGAAGGAAGUUGCAAGCCCAAACCAGGUUGCGUGAGAGAUUUGCAGAAUAAAGCGUUGUCACCUCGGAUCUGUGAUGGGAUAGUCGACUGCCCAGAUUUAUCUGAUGAAAAAAACUGCGCGUACUGUCAGGAAGAUCACAUGCAUUGCGGAAUCGGAAGAACCUGUAUUCCGACUUCCAAGAGAUGUGACGGCAAAGCUGACUGCCCUAAUGGAUUAGAUGAAAAAGAUUGCUUAUUUUUGGCGCAAAGCGUCAGCUCGGUUAAAAACCAGCCAAUAGACACACCUCUGUCAGUGAAAUACACCCACGAAGGCUAUGUGAUAUUCAACGAAAAAGGAACUGUUGGAAAACUUUGUAUCGAAAAUCUCAAUGCAACUCUUCCCCAAACGGAAAUGGAUACAGUACUUCAAACAGCAGCAGCUUCUUUGUGCACUCUUUUGACUUAUAAUGGAAUGAGCUCGGUUGAAGUGAGAAUCGACGACGAGGAAGACGUCGAAUAUGUGCACAUGGAGGAUCCUUUGGCUUCUGAAAUAUCUUUCGUACGAGCCCCUUGUCCAAGUAAACAAGUUAUGUACGUUCGUUGUGCAGAGCUAGAAUGUGGAAUACAAGCUCUGAAAACUAAAACGGGCACCAAAGUUCUCAAUAAAAUAGCAGAACCCGGAGACUGGCCGUGGCAUGUUGCGCUAUUCAAAGAAGACACUCACGUUUGUGAUGCAACGCUUGUAUCUUCAAACUGGCUGUUAACCACCGCGUCUUGCUUCCAAGGACAACCUAAGGCCGAAUGGUCUGCACGGCUGGGGACCGUUCGACUGUCCAGUACGUCGCCCUGGCAGCAGGAGAGAAGAAUAGUUGGGAUGGUAAAAUCGCCCGUAGAAGGCAGCACGAUUGUUCUUUUAAAAUUAGACAAACCUGUGAUCGUGUAUUCAGACCUUGUACGGCCUAUUUGCCUGCCGUCCAGCCAGGAAUUUAUGCAACUCAACACUUCGCACUGCAACACACUGGGAUGGGCGAGAAAUCGAGAUUUACUGCAGCGUGUUCAACUUAAGUACAGUGCGAUGGAAAAGUGCGAAAAUAUCAGCAUCGCUUCUGUAAAUGGAAUAUGUACGGACGCUGUUUACUCAACAGAUGACUGCAAUGAAGAAGAACUCGCAGGUACUCCAAUGAUUUGUCUGCUGCCUGACGAACGGAGAUGGGCUUUAGCUGGAGUCAGCAGUUGGAGAAUCGCCUGCUCGAAGGCUGCGAUCGAGAGACCUAGACUCUACGACAAAGUUUCCUCAAACAUCGCAUGGAUAAAGUCAACGAUCGCUUAACUCAGUGUCUUAAAAAUUAUAAAUAUAAUUAAAACCAUUAUACCAAUUAUCUGCUAUUUAAACUAGCAAUAAGUCUGACUGACGAUAUGUAAAUAAUGUUAUUCCAUCAUCCAGAUGCCAGAUAUUUUAUUUAUUAGUUAUUGUUUUAUAUUAGCUAUUAUGAGUAUAAUAGACAAAUUGUGUGUAAUUAAUUUAAUCCUUUCAUAAGCGAUUAUCUAAUCGAAGACAUGGAAAUAUGUAAAAACGUAAAAUGAGAUUUAUUUUUAAAUCUGUAUUAAAUAUU